CUCCGAGUCGCUGCGCGCGGCCCCCGGGGGCGUGUGUGCUCCGCGUCGGGGAGUGAGCGCCCCGUUGUGGGAGUGUGUAAGCCCCGCGUGCCGGGCCAGGGGCCCAGAUGUGAGCGGCCGGGCCGGUGCGGCUCCCGCGGCUCCGCGCUCUCGUCUCCCGCACUCGAGUUAGGGGUCCGGAGCGGGCGUCCUCACAGCCCGGGGCAGGUGCUGGACUCUAUGUCCGCGGGAGUUCUCGGGCCCUGGCGACCCAGCCGGCAGCCGGCUCUCCCCGUCGGUUCCCGGGGCUGCCGCGCCGGCCCCUGCUCAUCCCAGCCUGCGAGCGGACGGGCCCGCUGAGGCCCCGGAGGCGGGGGAUCCCGGGGAGUGGAGGACUCGAACCCAGGCCCCUGGCCCUGUAACCUGGGCUCCCGAGCCCCGGACCUCGCUGCACGCCCCCAGAGCCGUGUCCGCCCCGGGGCUCAGUUUACCCUCUGUGAUGGGGGCUCGUCGCUCUGCCUCCACGAGGCUCUGCAAGGGUUCUGUGAGGCAAGAGCUAUGAAGUGCCCCGCGCGGGUGCUCAGCACACGGACUGCUUUAUUUUCGGAUUAUCCGCGGAGCUGUGUUCCCUGAUCCACACCUGCCUCCUGCGCGUCUCCCGCUCAGGCUCCUGUGUGGGGGCAGCUAGCACGGCAGCCCGAGGCUGCAGUCCUUGGAACGGCUGGCUUGCGGGGUGGGACCUUGGCUGGCACCCGGGAACCGGAGUCUCAGGAUGGUUCAAGGGCUGACACCCUUCCUGUGAGCAACACGGAUCAUGCGGAGCGCCGGCCUCCUCCCGGGUGUAGAAUGUUGGAAGCUGCGAGGCGGUGAGAGCCCCAGGCUCCCUGUGAGCUUCCAGGAGAUGCCAUCUCCCAUGUGUGGUCAUCUCCUCGCUGGGGUAGUCAACACGUCCUGUGUGAUUCCGGGGGAGCAGACUCAGGAAGCAAGUGCCUGGUCCCCCGGACCCGCUCCCACACACCUUUUCCCUCUGCUGAUGUGUCCCUGCGUCCCUUCACCAUAGUAAGUGGUAGCCAGAAGGAUGAGUGUAUGCGGAGUCCUAGGAGCUGCAGGGUGGUCCUGGGGACCUGGGCAAGCUCCCCAGAGCUCCUCCCUCUGCCCCGGCCUGCUUCUGUACCCGGAACAGCUCCCCUGACACUUUUACUUCCCAUAGAAAUACUACCCGCCCGACUUUGACCCGUCAAAGAUCCCCAAACUCAAGCUCCCCAAGGAUCGGCAGUACGUGGUGCGGCUGAUGGCUCCCUUCAACAUGAGGUGUAAGACGUGCGGAGAGUACAUUUACAAGGGCAAGAAGUUCAAUGCGCGCAAGGAGACGGUGCAGAAUGAGGCCUACCUGGGCCUGCCCAUCUUCCGCUUCUACAUCAAGUGCACGCGGUGCCUGGCAGAGAUCACCUUCAAGACGGACCCCGAGAACACCGACUACACCAUGGAGCACGGAGCCACACGGAACUUCCAGGCGGAGAAGCUCCUGGAGGAGGAGGAGAAGAGGGUACAGAAGGAGCGGGAGGACGAGGAGCUCAACAACCCCAUGAAGGUGCUGGAGAACCGGACCAAGGACUCGAAGCUGGAGAUGGAGGUUCUGGAGAACCUGCAGGAGCUCAAGGACCUGAACCAGCGGCAGGCCCACGUGGAUUUCGAGGCCAUGCUGCGGCAGCACCGGCUGUCGGAGGACGAGCGGCAGAAGCAGGAGCAGGAGGAGGACGAGUGCGAGACGGCGGCCUUGGUGGAGGAGGCGCGCAGACGCCGGCUGCUGGAGGACUCUGACUCGGAGGAGGAGGCGGCGGCUCCUGCCCCACCGCGGCUGGCCCUCCGGCCCAGGCCCACCGACAUCCUGGAGGAGGCCCCAAAAGCCAAGAGGAAGGUGGAAAGCUGGGAACGGAGUGUCGGCACCCUUGGCAGCAGGCCCCAGCUGUCGGGCCUAGUCGUGGUGAAGAACACAGACCCGGGUUGCAACUCGCGGCAGGGCCUGGCUUCGCCCACCUCGAAGGGUCGGCGCACACCCCCCAGCCCCCCACCCCCUCCUGUGACUGGAGCGCAGUGCCUCAGGGGGCCACCAGGGCCCGUGCGGAGCAGCAAAGCAGCUGACCGUGCACCCCAGUUGCCGGGCACCUCCUCCCUGAGCCAGCUGGGGGCCUACUCGGACAGCGAGGACAGCAGCGGCAGCAACUGAGAUCCCAGGCCCUUCCCCAGGUCGAGGUCCCGCGUCCAGAGCACCAGCCAGAGCCAUGCGUGACUGGACGAACCCAGAGGUCCUCUGCGGCAGGCAGGGCCAGCAAGGGCUUCGACCAAGGGACUCGGUUUCUGUCCUCUCCCCCCACCUGCCAGCCCUUGGGGACCUCGGGGACCUUGGGGACCCCAGCUGACACUGCUGCCCUCCUGGCCCUCCGUUUAGGGCCGUGGCAUCCUGGGAGAGCUCCCUGCUCCCGGCAGGCCUCUCUGGUCCUCACAACGUGGCUAAUCCGGCCUCUUGGCUCUCGGAAGCUGAGAGACGGUAAAGGUCCGUUGAUUAGUGGGCAUCUGGGGGGGAUUUGUGAUGUAGCACUAGACCGCCGGGCCAGCCGCUGGUCACGUGACGGGAAAUCGAUUCCGGAGCUCGCGUUGUUUCAAGGUUGCCCAACUCCGGCUCUGGAAUAGUUCUCGCCCACUCCAGAGCGUUCUGGUUGAAGGUCCUGUGCUCCCGCCAGACUCCUUCAGCUCCUGACCCCAGCUCUGCUCUCCCGCCCCCCCACCCCCAGCGUCGCCGGCCUCUCGCAUACUCACAUUUGUUCGUCAUCUGGGAAUGCGGCUUUGUGCUUCUCGCUGGCAGAGUGUGGGAGCCGAGAAGCCCCACAUUGGGGAUCCGCAUUCCUGCAAUGACUUCUGGGCGGGUAUGGCUGGGAGGCCCCGGGUCCCCACCUCACCCUGGAAACAGGACCCCGGGGGGCCCAAGUUCUGGAAUGCAGAUUCUGGUCGGUGCAUCCCUCCCCCCAGUUCGGCCCCCCGCAGCAUCCUCUCUGUGGUCACCUUGGCCGUGGUGGGAGUAUUUACACCGUGGGAGUCCGCACACAGAUCAGUGCCCCGUGCCGGAGAGCCAGCUGUGGGCACUUCGCAGCCUGCCCAGCCCGCUUUCCCCAGAGUCAAAGUCAGCAUCGUCGCGCGAGGUGCCUGGGAUGGGUCUGUUCAGACCAGCGGCUGGGGGAGAGCAUCCAACCCAGGAAGCACUUGUGGGAGAGAUGAGGAGGCGUGGGGCCCCGCUCACUCUGAUGCAUCCCCGCAGCCCAUUUCCUGAGCUCCCGUCCCUUGAAGCCAACCUCCUUGUGGCCAUGUGUGCGUGCCAGCUGUCCCUGUUCUUUGCUGCAGAUUGUGGAUCCCGUUCUGAAACCCGGAUCAGCAAACUAUGAUUGGCGGGCCAAAGCUGGCCCAUGGCCUAUUUUUGUGAAUAAAGGUUUAUUGGCACAGCAGCAUG